AUGAUCAAGAUGCGUUUCACUACUGCUCUCUCCAUGCUCCUCUCAGCGGGUUUGAUUGGAACCACUUUGGCUAGUGAACCGGUCGACACCUCGAAAGGGACUAUUUACACUCCCAAGGAUUACUCCUUCGAAGACUUCGGAAAUGGAACUCUAGCUGUCAAGCCCCUGAACGGCAAGCGUCAAUUUCAACUCUGCGACUAUUGGAACGCAUGGGUAGUUUGUCAGACGGGUCUCAGCGACACGAACAUCUGCACGGAUACCUACUGUUACUGCGAGGGAGCCGAUAUUGUCUGCCAGGCAGGAACUACAUGUCUGGACACAUGCUCAUGCUAUGUGUACUGCGCUGAUGACUGGUAA